AUGGCGUCCGUUGAGAAUCAAUUCGUCUUUGACGCCUCAACCCAAUCCGAGGAAUGGGUUGACUUUGAUCAGUUCCUUGAUCUGGAGCCGAGUUAUAGCGAUGAUUAUUCCGCCUCGGCUAACUCCAUCUCUCCGGACAUGACCCUAUCUUACGACACCGACAUGUUCACCAAUGAUCUGCCAGAUCUCACCCAAUCUGGUUUCCCAGAGAUGGACUAUGGCCUCUCUCAAGAAGGUCUCUUCGCCGACCAGUCCCCUAGCUUUGAAUCUUUAGAUGGCCCUCUGCCGGUCUUUGAUGAUGCUAUGUUCCCUGGUUACCAAACAUACGACAACACUUACGACUUCCGACAAAUGGUCGAGGCGCAGGCCGCCUCCGAUCCUCGCGUCGCUUCCAUAAAGGAGAAGCGCCGCGAGGCUGCGAUUGCUUUGCAUCUGCAGCGGUUAUGCGACGCCACCGCCCUGGACCUGGACAUGUCUUCCGAUUCCAAUACCAGCUUCUCAUCCCCAUGCUGGUCGGAUUAUAUGCGUGAGAGCAUCUCUCCUCAGUCGGCUACCUCUAGCCCGGAACAGGCAUCUGCUGCCCUCCCAUCGGGAUCGGGAACUGGUGGUCUGGAAAUGGUCCUCGAUCUAAACAUGAACGCCGCCGCCAACCUUCCGAAGAAACAAAAGCCUCGUUCUCAGGCACAGAAGGAAAACUACAUCAAGGCUCGCAAGUAUGGUGCUUGUGAGAAGCACAAGAAGCAGCAUAAGAGGUGUAACUGCCUCGAGAAGGCCGCUGCCCUUGCGGGCGUCAACGAGGUCCCGAUGGACGUCACAUACAAGGAUCGGGUAAAACAGCCGAUGCCAAAAUUGCCACAAGUCCCAUCACCUCGCACCUCGAGUGUUCCUGGUCCGCAUAUUCUAGAAACUCAAUUGGGCGUUCGCUCGUCAGCCAGCGUGGCCAAGAGAAACGUACCCACAUCUGUGAACGAUUCAUCUGCCAGGUCGACGAUUACACGGCCAGACGUGCAGCUGUUUACGAAAUCAGCCACCAAGCUUACUCGCAGCAGUGCGGGACACGAUCCACAAUUCAGCACAAGCUUUGUGCUAUCGCCGAACCCGGAUUACAGCAAGAGAACGAACGAUUCUCCGGGUCGCGCACCAUCGCUCAACGUGUCGAGGACAUCGACGCUGGAAACGAACCGCAAGAAAGUGGGACUGCCUACAUACCGCGGAUGCUCGCUCGGAAAAUCAUCUGCAAACCGACCAACCGAUGCAUUCGCGAGACCGACGGAUGCAUUUACCCGCCAUGUUGCGACUAUGCAAGCCAUGGUCAAGCAAACGAUAUCUGUGGCGAGCACUGCAGAACGACGAGAGUCUGGUACUCACUGCGCAAGCGUACAGAGUCCAGCCAUUCGUCGACUAGGAGUUACGCAUGCGCCAGUGCGCUCCGUAUCCGGAGACUCGUUUGUCAAGCAGACAAACCCGAGUGGCACGAAUGCGCAAAACCGUGGCCUGGAAGUCUAUCACUCCAGAACCUCACUGCUUUCGAGUACCGCCAAAUCCAGGUCUCCGGUACUGACUUCCCACGCGCGCAUUUACACCACGGAAAAUGUUCGUGCAGAAGUCAACAGCUGGCCCCAGCGCGUGCUGGGAGCCAUCGAUCGAUCGGUUCCUCAAGGCCUUCAACAAAUGCUACAAUCAAUUGCCAAAUCACUAGACAUAUCGCUACGGGAUCGUUGUCGUUAUCCUGUGUCUUUGGACAAUUCGAAUGCUGCCUGCCCAGCUUCCAGAGACCGCCAUCUCCGUCAAGGACAUGUGUUUCUUUCAGCUAUGUCUGCGCUUGUACAUGUUUUCUCGAUGUAUCUGGGAAGAUUUGUUUUGAUGGCUACCUUUUGGCAGCUAUCUUCAUCGCGAUCCUCAUUGCCCCGUCGGUCUGAUCGACUUGUGGCACCAUCGCUGUCUGCCUUCUGCAGUGGAAGCACUUUCAUGUCAGCUAGCGAGCGUCUAGGUAUGUUUCCGCUGGGGAAACUUAUGAGCUGCAUGGUUAGAUAG